AUGUCGAAAUCUGGAGCUCAAAGCACAACCCCGACGGAGCGAAACAACGGGCAUAUCCCGAAAUCGCAAGAAGUAUCAAGUGGGUGGUUCAUUGACGAUGAUGAGCGGUUUCCAUCACAAAGCUCGAGGGCAAGCAGUUUGGCUCAGCAGCAAACUGUGAAAAACGAAAGUGCCGUGGAGGCUGAAGCUAGUAGGCCUGGAAUAACGGCGAUUGGAUCAUCAUGGUGCCGACCGUUGAAAAAGCCGCAGUCUCUGUCCAACGUAGCUACAGCAUUGGCAUCAAAUGGAUUCCCAAGCUUAUCGAGCGAAACGAAGCCAAACAUUGGUAUUUUACCAUCCGGCUCUGCUUGGUCCAAAAAGAGUCGUACUGUCUUUGAAGUUAGUGCUUUUGGUAAUUUUAAAUUUUCCUUUGGUAUGUUUGAAAUUAAUAUGUACAGUUGGGAAAUGUUCAAUUCAUCCAGUCGUUUGUUUGUUCGGGACGGCAAGGAUGCAGAGAACAUGCUCCUUUUUGGUCUGCUAAGAGACGUCAAAAUCGUCCCAAAAUAA